GGGCCUGCCUGUGGCUCAAGAUGGGGUGGCGGCGUGUCCUGUGGUUGCUACUCGUCUUCCUGAGCCCGGGGGCAGCGCGGGGUCCCGACCCCGAAUCCACCCAGGGCCCGGACCCCGACCCCACCGCGGACUCCGCCACCGAGUUCGGGACCACUUCUCAGUCUCUUGUGACUCUGGCCCCGAGGCUCCCAAAGCAGGAGGUCCAGAGGCCCAGCCCGGUUACGGACGUUUCUACACUGUGUGUGUGUGACCUGAUAGCUGAAGAAUGUGACGCUAACUGCUGUUGUGACCCUGACUGCAGCUCUGCAGAUGUCAGUGUUUUCUCAACAUGCUCUGUUCAUGUUGUCAAAGAUGAUGAUCAUUUCUGCUUUCAAAAGACAGCUAUAUAUGAAAUGGAUUUGCAAGCGGAACCACCUAAAAGACUAUUUCAGUUAACUGAUAAAGUCAACCCAUCUCUUUUCUGUCUCUAUACUCUCAACUACAAAGCUGCAUUAUCCUUUAUUACUCCUGAAUUCCCCAAUGAGAAUGAUUUUGAUAAUUUCUUGAAAAAAUCUGAUAAUUUUGCCAGAACUAAAGAAUUAGACAUUUCUCACCCAACCAUACUGAAUGCUCCAACUGCUACUAAAUACAUGUACAGAAUUCCUGUGCAGACAGAUUCUGAUUCAUUUCUGAUGCUCCCAUGUCCUUUAGUCACCAUUCAUUGCACAGAUAACAAUCCUAUAGGCUUUCUGAUGAACCAGAACUUUAGAUGUAACAGAAGAGUAACUCUGGAGCAAUGUGGUGAAGACAAAGCCCUCAGUAUGGCUCACUACAUCCAACCCAAGAUUAUGGCUGAGCCUAAUUCAAGUAAAAAGAUUCCUAUCACUGUCCGAGGAGUACUUCUGAAAUCGCUAAAUAAAACAGUGACUUAUCAUCCCCAGAGUGAUGUUCUUUUGCAACCCACUUUUGUCAACAUCAGUGGUCUGAAAGUCUGCACUAAUGUUGUUCUUCAGUUAACGUACAGCAUCACAUACACAGAGGCAGGUGAAAUCACAAAGGCUGAUAGCCAUUUCCUUCUUGGGACCAUCAGCAGCUCGAUGCUUCCACUUCAACAGCAAUUUCAGGUUGAAUUUCUUCAGCAAAAUGUUAAAUCAUUCCGUGUAAGUGGAAAUCCAGGUUAUAUUCCAGGACAACCAUUAUUAGCUGGAUUUGAGAAGGGAUCUCGAAUUAUUCAAAGUUCUAAUAGAAAUAGACAGUUUACUGUUUUUUAUAGCACAGAUGAACAGAACUGCUUAUUAGCAGAAGGACUUCGAAAACCGAUACUUUUUGGUUAUAAUAUGAUGACUUCCUGCAAACUAAGAUUGAACACAACACUCAAUUGCCAACUAGUUGAAGAAAGACUGAAAAAAUUACUGAUGGGACAAAACUUCCCACAAUAUGUAUCUUCUUUUGGAAAUUCUCCAGUCCAGAAUUUGCAGGAAUGGGUGCCUGUCCGUUUCUUCACUCAGACACAAAAUAGACGGGAGCCAUGUGUGAUUCCAAUGACCUUUGAGAUAAAAGUGAAGUGGACUAAAUAUGGUUCCUUAAUGAAUCCACAAGCCAGAAUAAACAGUGUUACAGCAAAAUUGACUUCAAAUUAUUUUUCCAAGACCGAAUUAGAAUAUGACAAUACGAUGCAGGUUUCUACGGUGGUUAGUUUUGUUGAUGUGUCUGCACCUGCAAAAGCAGGUUACAAAGCUCGGCCAACCAUUGAUGCCAAGUUGCCCUCCAAUUUCUUCUUUCCAUUUGUGUGACGUAAGUACUUACUAACUUAAGGAAAUCCUGGGGCUGCUGCCGGGUAUUUUUAGCCCUGAGAAUGGAGUGGCCGUUGGGCUGAGGAGUCCCCGUCAUUUGGAGAGCCGUGCCCGUCCGCUCUGACUUCUAGAUCAAGCCUCCCCUCCGGUCUCUCGUCACCUCUCGCUGGGCUUUUCUUGAUUUUAGCAAUCGAGGAGGUCGAAGAAGCUCCUGGGAUUUCCAGCCCUUCGGAGGAGCCGAGCUGUGUCUGCUCUGACUGCAGCCCCUGUUUCAGUCUUCCCUCACGAGGAGCUGCCUGGGCCGCUCCGAGACUUCUUUGGGCCAUUGGGUGUGGGAGACAGAGCUGACCUCCGAGUCCGGAAGACCCAGAGUAAAGGCCUGAGCACGGACCUCUCCUGGGCCUGUGGCCACAGACCAGUCCCUGACCUCGAGGGCCAAGCUCCGCCGAUGGCCAAGGGCAGGGUGGCUGACUGGCUUCCCUGUGUCCUCGUCAGAGCGCCCACCGCUCUGGCCGAACAUCGGAGCAGUGUGCGAGGAGGGCUGGCCGGCCCUGCUUAACUACCUCUAAAGGCUUUUCUUCAACUGAGGAUACACAGGCUUGGGAAGGACACGGACCGGCCGGUUCGAGAAUGUCUCAGUGAGGCUGGUCAGGAGACUGCAGGCCAGCAAGCAGUGGAGUGUGGUCUGGAAGCCAUUUUCAGUUGUGGUUCAGUCACUUCAGACCCGUUCAACACUCGUGACCCCAUUUAGAGUCUUUUGGGCAGAGAUACAGCAGUUUGCCAUUUCCUCCUCCAGCGCCUUUUACACAUAAGGAAACUGAGGCAAACAGGGUGGAAUGAAGUGCCCGGGAUACACAGCUAAAGUAUCCGAGGCCAGAUCUGAACUUGGGAAGAUGGAUCUUCCUGACGCCAGGUCCAGAAUUCGAUCCGCUGCUGGAAACUGUGCCUUACAAUAAUUAGUUGAAAGAAGUAGACACGAAGAGUCUGGAGAAUAGAGAACAGGUUGGGAGGGAGGGCUGCACAGCUAUGAUUGCUUUUUUUUUCAUAGCCACGGGAUUGUUUUGUAGAGGGGGGGUACGAUUUAUUCUGGCUCCAGAGGGCAAAGCUAGGAGCAACAGGUGGAGGCUGCAGAGGCAGAUUUAGCUCAGCCUAAAGUCACCUUCUGGACAAUCAGGUGGCCACACCUGGAAUCUCUCAGGAAGUAGUUUAUGCAAAGUCUCCUUGAUCCCUGUCAAAGAUGCUUCCCACCUGGGAGCAAGGCCAGAUGACCUUGCAGCUUCAGAAUGAAGGGAGAGCCCGGCCAGGUUCUGGCCAGCCCUCUAGCCUCCAGGCUUCCUGUCCCAAGUGACUCGGGACUGUGGGAGAGAAUGUGUUUAGGACAAAGCUCUUUGUAGGUUUGUCUUCAGCAGAGGCGGCUGGUGGUGCAGUGGCUACGGGCUGGGCCCUCAUGAGGGCUCGACUCCAGCCUCACUCACUGGGUGAGCCUGGACUGGACAUUUAAUCUCUUUCUGCCUCGGUUUCGUCAGUAAUAAAAGAUAUUAAUAAUGCCUUAUUCACAGGGUUUUAAAUGAGAGACACUAUUUUCAAAUUGCUUAGCAGAGUGCCACAUAGGUGCCUUUUCCCUUUAUUUCUUAGGAAAUCCAACCCCUUAAUUCAUCCCACUGCUUUAAAAUGAAAAUGACUUCAAAAGCAAUAGCUGUUCAAUUUAGCCUCUUCUUCCUUUAACUUCCAUAUGCAAAUGAGCACAAAAAUAGUCAAAUAUUAUACGGAAAUAUUAGAAGCAUAACAAAAAAGGUUCAAGAAAAGCACCUUCUCAAAUACCCCAUUAAUUGCAGCCUAAUCUUUGAUCUAAUUGCUAUGUGCCAUCCCAAGCCCAGCCCGGGAACACUCCUGGGAUGCUACAGAAUGGAGGUAGAUCAUUAAGAGUUCAUCACUGUUGUAGCAGGAGAAUCUAGUGGGAGGGCUCAAGCAAAGCAGGCAGUUUCACAUGGACAUUAAUUGUGUGGUAGCUUCAGCAAAUGUCACCCAGAGGCAUGAGUAAAUACAAUUAGGUUUAGACUGAAUUUUGCAGCUGGUUGCUACAGAGGGAUCUGGACAACAUCCAGAGAAAGACCCAAACUGCAGGGAUUCACUUGUAAGCAACAGAACACGGUUCCUCUUUCUGAUCUGCUCAUGAAUAAAUGGACUUUCCUAUAAUGA